CGGGAUCCCAGGAUAUGAAGGGUCGCUGUUCUAUGAGCAGUGUACUAGUAUUUCUCAUCUCCGCUGGGCUGCAUUGUCCACAUUAUCAGGAACCAGGCGCAGAUAUGCCACUCCCUAGGUCUUUCUCGCUUUUCCGUCUCCAGAUCGGGCUUCCAGAUUGGUUUCUCAUUGUAACCCCAACCUCGAGUUCGAUAUCGGUGACAGGGCAGCCCUUUGCCAGCACACGUAGAUCAGUCGGCCACCCUAGACUACCUACCUACCUAAGGUCCUUCCGGUACGGUAUUGAAAAGUCCGAGCUGUGAGCCGGUGGUAGGCAGUUUGCAGCAUGACGCACU